CGAUAUGGUUGUUGCUCUUGCUAGCUACUUCCAACGAUAUCAUCGACUGAGAACUAAUCGAUCCAUYACUACGGAAAACGGAGAAUUUUUGUUUCCUCCUAAUAAGUGUAUCAAGACCAGCAAAAACGCGAGAAAAAUGGAGGAACCUUUAGAUYUGAUUCGGCUGUCGAUCGAUGAACGAGUUUACGUGAAAUGCCGUGGAAACAGAGAGCUCAGGGGGAGGCUUCAUGUGAGUGAUUGUUGCGAACACGCAACCGUAGACUUGUCGAUCCAUUUUGUGCCAUUUUAUAUCRCCGCCUACCAAGAGAAUACCGGCGGCAGACGGCAUAGAAACCAGCCAAUCACCGUGGAGCGCGGAAGCUUCCGGUUGCAAUYGUUCGGAACACGGGCGCCAUGAAUGCCCAAAAAAGUCGGGGACCCGUUGAAAAUCGUUUGAUUGUAAUCACCGGGAACGAGUGUGUGCRCCWAGAAUGCCAACAAGMGAGMCUCCCGAAUUUUYCUGACUCACUGUUUUCGUAUUCUUUCUUCCCUUACGCGAAACAUUGAUUCGUCUCUUUCAAUAAUUUUUCAAGGCGUACGAUCAGCAUCUCAACAUGAUCUUGGGGGAAGUCGAAGAGACGGUUACCAGCACAGAAAUCGAUGAAGAAACUGACGAGGAGAUCGUCAAAAAGCAACAGCGAAAGGURGGUAUGCUAUUUGUCCGGGGUGACAUAGUGGUGCUGGUGAGCCCRCCUCUCCGAACAACGUAAUACAAUAGACGGAGRAAUAUAAU